CCGCUGUUUCCCGUUCGUUCCCGCUCCUCCCGGCGGCCGGACGCGCCCGUGCCGCUGCACUCUCGGGUGGCGGCCGGUGGGAAGGCCGGCAUGGCGGAGAGCCCGGGGCGGCCCGGCGCCCCGCCGCCGGAGGGGAGCGAUGUCCCGCGGGAAGGAGGCGAUGAGGAAGCGGCGGCCGGGGAGCCGCAGCCAGGGGUGUCCGCCGAGGGGGCGGCGGAGCCCCCGGACGGGUCCCCUCACGACGAGGCGCCGCGGCUGAGCGGGGUGGCGGUGGCUGGGCAGGAGGCGGCCGAGGCGGAGGUGGCCGCCGGGGGCAGCGGCGGGACGGGGAGCGGAUACCCCGAGGGGGCGGCGGAGAUGUCAGGGGAGCCGGGCGCGGAGCAGCAGCCUCCGGCGGGGGCUGAGCAGCGAGAUCCCGGCGGGGGUAGCCCAGAGGGCGAGGGUCUGCCAGACGGCGAGCCGGUGGCGGCGGCCGCAAGGGUAGACGCGCCCGAGGGCUCCGCGCUGGCAAGGGCAGAACCUGAGGGCGCGGCGGUGACUCCGGUGGGGACGGAGCCCGAGGGGGCAGCCCCGGCAGGGACCGAGCCCAAGGAGGGAGCCUCCGCGGGGACCGAGACCGAGGAGGCAGCCUCGGCGGGAACGGAGCCCGAGGACCCGGCCAUGGCCCCGGCGGGGACGGAGCCCGAAGAGGUAGAGGCAGCCCCAGCGGAGCCAGAUCCCGAGGAAGCGGUGAGGAAGGCAGCUCCGACGGGGACAGACUCCGAGGAAGUGAUGGUGACAGCCCUGGUAGGGACAGACCGCAAAGAGGCGGCGGGGCCAGACCCUGAGGAGGCGGUGAGGGAAGAAGCCCUGUCGGGGACAGACUCCGAGGAGACGGUGGCGGCAGCGCCGGCAGGGACAGACCCCGAGGAGGCGGUGAGCGAGGAAGCUCCGUCGGGGACAGAGCCCGAGGAGCCUGCGGCGACAGCUCCGGCGGGGACAGACCCCGAGGAUGCGGUGCGGGAGGCAGACCCGUCCGAGUCAGACCCGAAGGAUGCGGUGCGGGAAGCAGCCCUGGUGGGGUCAGACCUCGAGGAGGCGGCGGCCCCGGCGGGGUGCGAGGUGGCUCCCGAUAGCGGCGGGGAAGCGGAGGUGGCGUUGCCGGCCGGAGGGGAGGCCGACGGCGGACGCCGGUCGUCGGUCGGCCCCGCCGGCGAGGAUGGAGUGGAGGUGGCGGUGGCCGUGGCGGAAGCGAGGAGCGCGGCCCCGGGGGCAGGGGAAGGCGGCGCGGCGGGGCUGCGCAGCGGGUCCCCGGGCCCCGGGGGCGGCGAGUGGGACAGGGCAGGUCGGAGCCUUAACGGCGUGCGGGGCCGGGCGGAGGACGGGGAGAACGAGAGAGGUUCGCCUGCCGCCCUGGAGGAGGAAGAGGAAGAUGAGGAGAAACAGGAACACGACAUCUCCCUUUUCGUCAAGGCUGGCAGCGAUGGGGAAAGUAUUGGCAAUUGCCCAUUCUCUCAGCGUCUCUUUAUGAUUCUGUGGCUAAAAGGUGUCAUAUUUAAUGUCACAACCGUGGAUUUGAAAAGAAAGCCCGCUGACCUGCAGAACCUUGCCCCGGGAACAAACCCCCCCUUCAUGACAUUUGAUGGUGAAGUGAAAACCGAUGUCAACAAGAUCGAGGAGUUCUUGGAAGAAAAGCUAUCGCCGCCCCGGUAUCCCAAACUUGCACCGAACCACCCUGAGUCUAACUCUGCAGGAAAUGAUGUGUUUGCAAAAUUCUCUGCAUUCAUAAAGAACCCAAGAAAAGAUGCUAACGAAAAUUUGGAAAAAUCUUUGCUUAAAGCCCUGAGGAAGCUGGACAACUAUUUAAAUAGCCCCUUGCCUGAUGAAAUUGAUGCUUACAGCACUGAAGAGAUCACUGUUUCCAGCCGGAAAUUCCUGGAUGGAGAUGAUCUCACCUUAGCGGAUUGCAACCUCCUACCAAAGCUCCAUAUAAUCAAGGUUGUUGCAAAAAAAUAUAGAAAUUUUGAUUUUCCACCUGAAAUGACAGGGAUUUCAAGAUACUUGAACAAUGCCUAUGCAAGAGAUGAAUUUACAAACACUUGUCCUGCUGAUCAAGAAAUUGAGUAUGCGUACUUGGAUGUUGCAAAGAGAAUGAAGUAAACAGAAGAUUUAUUGCUCUUUAUUGCUUCUGAGAUUCAGAUGGGCAGCAGCCAAGAUGGAAGUAACAAAAGCCAGCGUAAUUUUAGUUCUGCUAUUGGCCAAUCCUUCUUUUAUAAUGAUUGUAUAGCUUUAUUUGCUCAUUCUUAAGUUAUGUAUGUAUAUGUUUGUGUGUCUGUACAGAUGUCUGCACAGAUGAAUGUCUGUUGUGCAUUCCAAGUUAAAGGCAUCAGUCAAUAUUCAAGCAUUCGUUGAAGUUAGGGAAACAGUGUAGGUUACACAAUUAUAGCGAUAAUUCAGACUAAUGACUUAGGACGAAUUGCUGAAUUUUGAGAAGAAAUAGCCCUGUUUCUAACACAUUUAACCUGUCAUUAUUGCUGCCUCUGAUCUCUGUUUCACAUUUGUUGCCAAACUUCAUAGUUACCAGGAGGGUUUCUGUUUGCUUCUCUGCAAGCCUCAGAGGGCCCCAAGCCAGCCGCUGGUGCCCAUGCAGCACCCUGGUUAACCCCGGAGAGAGGCCAGCCUGUAGUUGGCACCACACCUGAUGUCCCUCUCCUCCGUGCUGGAGACCUGCGGGGCAGGUCAAGGAAGCAGAACUCCUUUUUACAUCGUGCGAGUCUUCUUUGGUAUUAUAAUUAAAUAAAUAAAUCCAUCCUGCCUUCUCCUCUCUCAGGGCUGCAUAACCCAUUGAACUUCCCUCCUGGUGCGCCCAAAGAGAGGAACACAGACUGUCACUGGCCUGUGGACUGUCUGGUAGUAGGUAUUUGACAAGGGAGGAAGGAGAGACAUGGUUUUCACUGUAGACAGAAGAAAUGGGUGAACAUCUGUCCCCUGCUACUGAUGUAGGAUUUCUUUGUCAUCCUUCCAUGGCUCUCAUCUGGUUUUGGAAAGCAAAAAGGAGGAGAGGGUCUAAGAAAGAAACAGUCCUCCUAUGCUUCCUUUUCCUGGUUGAGCUUUCCCAGGGCAGCUGCUAGGACUUCACUGCUGAGAGCUUUACAGCUGAUAAGACAAUGUAGACCUACCUCCUGCCUUAGGUGGGGGAUGGAUUAGCUGAACCCCUCCAGCCUUGCCUGAGUCUGUGUUCAGUCAAUCAGCACUGGCGAGGAGCACCCCCGAGCCUGGCAUCAGGGAGAGCACAAUCAGAGAUGCACGGACUGGGCUAAGUGACGUCCACAGCUGCUUUCUGCUGAGCAGGCCCUCAGCAAGCACAUAGGAGUAGAGUGUGCAGUGCUUUAGGCAUAGGGUCACCUGAAAGUUUUCUUCUGAUGGAUUUUGCCUGUGUACAAAAUAGAUGUGAAAAUGGCUAAAAAUAGCCUUUACAGCACCUACAUCCACAGAAAGACUCUUUUAGACUAGUCACUUGUCCUUGCCCAUGUCAAACAUAUGCUUGCUUUCUAACAAAGCUUUACUUAACCGUAAUAGUCAGUGUCAGAUACAUUGUGCCUGCACUGUCUUUGUCUUACACACUACACAGUUCUGACGCAGAUGUGCUAUCUUCACAGUUAUUUGUAAGCAGUGUUGAAUGUGUGGCUUUAGUCUGCCGUUAGAGAAAACAGGCACAAUGCCUUUCCCCUUCCACCCUUAACUGUGAACUCUCAUAUUGGGGUUGAUAGCUGAGCACUCAUCACAUAUUACUAACUCUUACUUCGUGUUUUCAAAUACAUACAUAUAUAUAUAAAAUAUAUAAAAAAUGAAAUCUGUAUACUCUUUUCAUAUGCCUUACAAAUUUAAAUAGAAAAUGCACAAAUUCAUAAGUAA